UAACCAUCGCAUUAUUAUUAGUAGUAUUAGUGUUAUCAUUAUUAUGACCAGAGUGAGGCCUGGUGGGAUGUGAGCGGGGAUGGGGAGCAGUCGCUGAAGAGGAAACACGGGAGAAAAAACCUCCCUCUCCUCCCAGCGCAUUAUAUAAGGAGAAGGCUGAGCUAUUUUUAUUUCUGUUUACCCUACGCAGGGCAAUGGGGACUCUUGCAGGCAGCAAGUUUUCGGGGGGGAGCCACUCUUUGGCCCCCCCCGGGCGAGGCUGGACUCCGGAUAUAAUCAGUAAAAAAAAAAUGAAAAAGAGAAGCGCCUUCUGAUGAACGCCUGGGUUAGAAAUGCAGUGUAAAAAAACCACUGUCCCUUCCGCCUGCCCUUUACGAGCAAAUAAGAAAUGCGGGAGGCAGAUGACCUUAGUUCUCCAAAGCCUUUUUAUAUUUGGUGGCAUGAAGACAUCUGUAUUUCGUCAUGCAGGUUCUCCUUAAAACGUAAGGAUUCCUGCUAUCUAUUUUAUGCAGCAGGGGCAGGCUGCAUGUCAGACAUGGUCUGGCAUAGCCGGUUACUUUGAUUAUAUAUUAGUCACAUUGCAAACCAACUCAGAUGGGCAAGCAAUACAAGCUGUGAAUUUCUUUUUGACCCCCACUGGACAGUGACCCAUCAUUAUUUUCAUUUUCACUGAAGAGAAAUGCAUUGUAAAUAAGAUCCUGGAGAACAGUGCAAGAGUUUUAAUGCAAGACAUCAGAAAAAAAACUCUGUAACAUCUCAUGUGAGGAGAAGAAAGGAGACUUAUGAUUACGUCUUGAAACACUCUCAUGAUUUGAGGUGUUUCCUACUUUAUUUGAAAGAAAAGAGGCAGUCAACCCGCAAGUGACCUCACAGCUUCUGAAAAAUCUUCAUGGUAAAGGAUAAUCUGGGACUCCCUGUUGAAGAGCAUAGUGAAUGUUAAUCCAGAGCAGCUGUUGGAAGAUUGUGCUCACAAGGAGAUGAUUCCUCAUGAAGUCACUGGAUCCCCUUCAGAAAUCAAAUGUGACUUUCCAUUUAUCAGACUGAAAUCUGAACCAGCCAGACAGUGAAGCAAGAGCAGUGGAGGGGGGACGGCGAAAGAUGAAAUCCAACCAAGAAAGGAGCAAUGAAUGCCUGCCGCCCAAAAAGCGAGAAAUCCCUGCCACCAGCCUGCCUUCCGAGGUGAAGCCAUUAGUCCUGCCAAACGAGAACCACCGUGCAGAUAACUUAACAUGGCUCUCCAGCACGUCCAGCAGCCAAAGCAGCAUGGGUGGAAGGCACAGACCUGGAGGGACUUCGGUGGAGAUUGGUUUACAGCAGGGCUUACACAAAUCACUGUCCACAGGAAUAGACUAUUCCCCACCCAGUGCUCCCAGGUCCGUUCCAGCUACAACAACACUUCCCACAGUGUAUUCACCCGCACUGUCACAAUCAGGGACGCCUGUCUCCCCUGUGCAGUACACGCAUCUGCAACCCACUUUCCAGUUUGUUGGGCCCCCGUACAGUGGACCAUAUGCCGGGUUCAUCCCCUCCCAGCUGAUUUCCCCGACAGCCAAUUCCGGGACUGGCGCAGCAGCCUCUGCCACUGCUGUUGCAACCACUCCAUCCCAGCGCUCUCAGCUGGAGGCUUAUUCCACUUUGCUGGCCAGCAUGAGUAGCUUGGGCCAGCAGGGGCACAAAGUUGAGCAGCAUCUCGUCAGGACACCGGGGUUGAUUUCAGCAGGGUCUCCUCCUCCUACCCAACAAAACCAGUACGUCCACAUUUCCGGCUCUCCCCAGAGUGCGGUCCGAAACGUCUCUCCUCCGACCAUCCCAGUCCAUAUGCAUCCCCACCAAACAGUGAUUCCACCCACACUCACCCUUGGGCCCUCCUCCCAAGUGGUGGUGCAGUACACAGACUCUGGGGGCCACUUUGUCACCAGGGAUCCCAUCAAGAAGGCAGAGAGCAGCCGGCUGCAAGCAAUGCAGGCCAAGGAAAUUCUGAAUGGAGAGCUAGAGAAAAGCAGGCGGUAUGGCCUCUCGCCCUCUGCAGACAUGGGUCUAGUCAAAGCAGGCAAUAAACCAGCUCCUCACCAUUACGAGGCCAGGCACGUGGUGGUUCACCCGAGUCCUGCCGAAUACAGCACACGAGAUUCCUCUGGUGUCCGGGCCUCUGUGAUGGUCGUACCGAACAGCAGCACACCUACCGCAGAUAUGGAGGUCCAGCAGGCCACCCACAGAGAAACCUCUCCCUCAACCCUCAAUGACAAGGGAAACUUGCAUUUAGGAAAGCCAGCCCACAGGUCCUAUGCUUUAUCUCCACAACAGACUAUGGGCCAUGAGGGGGUGAAAACAAUCGCCACCUUGUCCCCUCAUACUGUCAUUCAGACCACCCACAGCGCCUCUGAGCAAGUCCCUGUCGGACUGCCUGCCACGGCCUUCUACGCCGGGACCCAGCCGCCAGUAAUUGGCUAUCUGAGUGGUCAGCAGCAAGCGAUUGGUUACCCUGGAAACCUGCCACAGCAUCUGGUGAUCCCUGGCACCCAGCCCCUGCUUAUACCAGUCGGCAAUGCAGACGUGGAAUCAUCAGGAGUAGCACCUGCUAUAGUCACUUCAUCUCCCCAGUUUGCAGCAGUGCCUCAUACAUUUGUCACUACCGCCAUUCCUAAGAAUGAGAAUUACAGCGUCGAGUCGCUCGCAACCCAGCCAGCCUACCAGGCAGCCGUGGUGCAGGCCCAGAUCCACCUUCCCGUGGUGCAGUCUGUUGCUUCUCCGACAGCAGCUCCUCCGACACUGCCCCCUUACUUCAUGAAAGGGUCGAUCAUUCAGUUGGCUAAUGGGGAGCUGAAGAAGGUAGAGGACUUAAAAACAGAAGACUUUAUUCAGAGCGCAGAAAUCAGCAGUGACCUGAAAAUAGACUCCAGCACUGUGGAGAGGAUUGAAGACAGCCAUAACCCAGGCAUUGCUGUGAUACAGUUUGCUGUUGGAGAGCAUCGAGCACAGGUCAGCGUGGAAGUUUUGGUAGAAUACCCUUUUUUUGUAUUUGGACAAGGCUGGUCCUCCUGCUGCCCUGAGAGAACCAGCCAGCUCUUCGAUUUGCCAUGUUCCAAACUCUCCGUUGGGGAUGUCUGCAUAUCGCUCACUCUCAAGAAUCUGAAGAACGGCUCGAUUAAAAAGGGCCAGCCCAUGGAUUCAGCUAGUAUCUUGCUGAAGCACUCAAAGAAUGACAGUCUAGCUGGAAGUAGACACAGGUAUGCGGAGCAGGAAAACGGGAUUAAUCAGGGAAGUGCACAGAUGUUAGCUGAGAAUGGUGAACUGAAGUUUCCGGACAAAAUAGGAUUGCCUGCAGCACCUUUGCUCACCAAAACAGAACCCAGCAAGCCCACAGCGACGAGGAAGAGGAGGUGGUCGGCCCCCGAAACACGGAAACUAGAGAAAUCAGAAGAGGAACCACCAUUGACUCUUCCCAAGCCUUCUUUUAUUCCUCAGGAGGUUAAGAUUUGCAUUGAAGGUCGAUCUAAUGUAGGAAAGUAAAGGCUGUUUGGGGAAAGGAAAUUAGGCUAUCCCUUGUCAUUUUUAUCCAGAUUACUGUACUGUAGACUAAAUAACCCAGUAUUUACAUGUUAUCAUCUUAUUUUAGGUUUAUGUUAUAACCUUGUUGUUAUAGUUGCAGCUGGUAUUAUGCAGGAGAGUGGUGCAUAUGUUUUUUCCACAAGUGUUUGUCAGUGACUAGGUUUUAUCGAGAGCUGCGGAAGGGGCAGUAUCUGCUUCGCACACCCUUAGUGGAAAUGAAUGUGUUGUCAUGGCUCCUGAUUUCUAACACCUAGUGUAGACCAGGCUCCAGCUGGUCAGGUUUUUCUUUUUCUUUUCUUUUUCUUUUCUUUUCUUUUCUUUUUUUGUGAGGUGACAAGAAGUGAGCUGUAGCAGAGACUAAGACCCCUGCAGGCGUAGCAUGCCUUCCCAUCCCAGGAGGGGAUUGGAGCUCUGUGGCAGGGUCAUUAGGAGAUUCCCUCACCUAAGGCAAGUGCUGAGAACAGAUUAACAAAUAGGAUCGGGCAGUUUUUGACACAUUACACAAUAAAGCCAACCUGUACACACGACUCUAUAGUAUACAGUAUAGUGUGUGUGUUUGUAUAUAUACACACACACACACACACACACACACACAUACAUACAU